AGGGACGUCAGAGCAGGGUACUAGAGAGGCAGAACAGCGCUUGCCCUUAUGGGUUGCGUUGGCCCAUGUAGAUGAAGGGCUCGCUGACCAGUGUGCAGGCGGAGCCUGGGGCUGCCCCACAAGAGGGCUUACUUGUUUUCCUCCGCGGAUAUCUGUGGUCCGGGGUGAGGGCAGUUUUGCUGGGACCUGGAAGCUCACUGAGAGCCCUGUUGACCGCUGCUCUCGGAGGGCAGCGUUCUGUCCUUGUCACAGUGGAGGUCGAGAGGCGGAGAUGGGCGGAGGAAGAGCCAGGCUGCCUCGCUGUUCUGGGCAGGUGUUCGGAGCAGCAGCGUGGUGGGUCUGUCGUGCGGGUGGCUAACUUCCGCUUCCAGAUUUUAAUAGAGGAUCCUGUUACCACAUGUCUUUCUCCCUCUGUAUAUGACAUGAUUUGUAAACUUGGGUUUGAAUUCAAGGAAAAUUGUGAUAUUAAUAGCAUUGUAAAUCACAAUGGUGAAUUAUGCUGGAAGACAAUCACAAACUGUGUGAGCUAUACAGAUCCAGACCAAAGUCUCAAUUACUGGGAAAGUGUGCUGCAGCUGGGCCCCGUGUGUGAAGCCAUCCAUUUACAUUUCUUAUCUCUGACCAAGGGGCAGUUUGAAAUUCAGUAUGCACCAUGGUUCCAGUGGACAAGUUUUCCAGAGCUAUUUCCCGAAGUAUUUGAUGCCUUGGGAAGCCUACACUCUGCUGCCAUUUCUCUGAGCUUAAUGAAGCUGACCUCAUGUCUGGAGCGAGCUCUGGGUGACGCAUUCUUGCUAAUUGGGAAAGAAUGCCCCUUUCUUUUAAGAGAUCUACUUGCAUCUGAGGAGCUUGCUCACAUCUUUGGGCAGCCUGUGAUGGAUGUGCUCAAAGUCUUCAUUGGCUCACCCUGUGGACUCAACCUACGGAAUAUCCUGUGGCAUGGGUUUGCAUCACCUCAAGAAAUUCCUCCAAAAUACUGUUCAAUGAUCCUGUUAUUGACAGCAGGAUUGGGUCAGUUACUUGAGAGUUACUUUCAGGAAACUAAAGUCACAUUGGUUCAUCGAUCUUUUGUAACUCUUACAAACUUAGAGGAUUUGAUUGUUUUUCCUGACAUUACUUAUAAGAUACUUUCAGUAUUAGAAGAAAUGAUGACAAAAUCUACCUUUAUAUCAAAAAUCAUGGUACCAUAUUGGGAAAUUGCACUGAUGAAGUUCAAGGCACACAGGUUUGCUGACUGCGCCAUAUUGUUAUUGACACAGCUGGAGGCUGGGCUUAGGAGAGUUUUUGCUGCAGUUAACAAAUGUCCAGACAGACUCUUGACCGCCGAGUCAACAACUCUUUAUACCACCUUUGAUGAAAUUCUGGCAAAACAUUUGACCAGUGGUAGAAUCAACCAGCUUCCUCUUUUUCUCGGAGAGCCUGCUAUGGAAUUUCUCUGGGAUUUCCUGAACUAUCAGGAGGGUCCCCGUAUACGUGAUCGCUUAAGCCAUGGGGAGAUCAACUUCUCUGAAUUUCCAAAGGAAGCAGCAAGUCAGUUGCUCGCAUUUUCCGUUGUACUGUUACUAAGAUUCUCUGAUGCAGCAGUGCUUGCAACUGUUAAGGAGGAAGCAGCAGUAAUGCUGCUGAUGAGACUUGCUGAAGGCUACCAUUCUCACUGCCAUCCAGCCUUUCAGCUUAAAAAACAGGUGCUGAGCUGUGAGGAAAGCAUCAGGAUGUGGCCUUUGCUGCCUUUGCCGGAAGAACCCUGUCAGGACAUGGCCAGAAUGGAAGAUAGUGAAACAAAUGCCUGCUACUCUUUAAUUACAAAAAUUGUGCAUGAGCUCUGUUACCACGUGCCUGAGAAUCAUCGUGCUCUUAGUGUCUUCGGUGAUCUUCCUGCUGAGGAGUGGCCCCCACUGCUUUAUGCACUCUGCAACAUGCAUGUCUCCACGCUCUUCUGCCCCAGAGCCAUGCUCGAAGUGCUGGGUGUGCUCCGCAGCAUCACUUCCCACUGCCAGUGCGUGUCCAGCCAGGUGGUCACCUCCCUGCAGCUGAGGCACCAGCAGUGGGAGGAGAGGAGGCUGCGCUCCCGACAGCGGCGGAACUACCUGAGCAUGAGGGCCAGUAUUAGGCUUCUGUCUCCUGUGCUUUAUCUGAUUUUAUUGCUUAUUGCACUGGAAUUGGUCAACAUUCAUUUUGUCCAUGGAAAAAAUACUUAUGACUAUCAGCAGUAUCUAAAGUUCUUUAAGUCAGUCUUGCAGUAUUCUGAGAACCUCGUGGCCUAUACCAGACCGGAGAAGAACAAAUGGAGAGAAACCAUCAGUCUUACACAUGCAGCUUUGAUGAAAAUUUGGACUUUUAGUGAAAAGAAACAAAUGUUAAUACAUUCAUCCAAAAAAUCCACAAAUAAAGCAAUCUUAUGAAAACA